CGAGAGUGAACUUGUAUUCUACAGUCAAGAAAACUCGCGUUAUUUUUCUCGGCGCGGCUGUUCGGGACAAGGUGACAAGAACAUGACUGAUGGUAUUUUUGGCGGGGGCUACUGCCACCAGCAAGAAGGAUAUUACCCGCUUCAGAAGGAGAACGCACCACGGACAGACUACACACACUCAAACAUGUACCCGUACCCCGAAGACGGAGGAAACUUCGACGCGCCGUCGUGCGCAUACGGUCAGGGCGGACCCUCAUACCCGAGUGCAGAAGGCCAGGGAGAAAUAGAGUACCAAACCGACGAAAAUGGACAAUACAUUCUUGGACCGGGUGGAUAUAGAAUAGAACGUCAUGCGGCAAAUAUUCGUGAAAGAAAACGCAUGUUGAGUAUUAAUUCGGCGUUUGAAGAACUACGGUACCACGUUCCAACGUUUCCUUACGAGAAAAGGCUGUCAAAAAUUGACACUUUGAGACUGGCGAUUGCUUACAUUGCAUUGUUGAGGGAUAUUUUGAUGUCUGGACGGGACCCAGUUCAGUUUAUCGAAAACUCGAUGAAAAACGGAACGAAGGAGACGGCAGAAUGGAACACGAGUGAUUUGACAGCUCGACUUUCGUGGAUCAAGUGGGAAUGUCUGGGUGUAAAGCGACGCGGAAACCCGGCAGGAUACAGCAACUCGUGAUCGGAAAAUUGCUGAAAACAAUGGCAAGUUUUCUGCAAUCACAUUCCAAAAUACUUUGUUGGCUGAAAAAAAAUUGGCAGGUUUGUGUCGUAAACACAUUCCAAAAUAAUUUGUUGGCUGAAAAAAUUGGCAGGUUUGUGUCGUAAUCACAUUCCAAAAUACUUUGUUGGCUGAAAAAAUUGGCAGGUUUGUGUCGUAAUCACAUUCCAAAAUACUUUGUUGGCUGAAAAAGUUGAAUUGGCAGGUUUGUGUCGUAAUCACAUUUCAAAUGACUUUGUUGGC